GUCCUCUACACGAAUGCCGACAAAAUCGUUAUGUAUGAGCCCAACCAUCUGGUCGGGAGGGCCCACUUCUGCCUGUCCGAGCCCGACAAAAUGGAGCAGGCUGAUGCACAGUUCACUUUCGUGCUCAACCAGGCGCCCAACAACAUACCGUCCCUCUUGGGCAAGGCGUGCAUCAGUUUCAAUAAGAAAGAGCCGAAGACGGCGCUCACGUUCUACAAGAAGGCGCUGCGGAUUAACCCCAACUGUCCGGCGAAUGUGAGGCUAGGAAUGGGUCACUGUUUCUACAAAAUGAAUAAACCCGAGAAGGCGAAGCUGGCCUUCGAGAGGGCCCUACAGCUCGACCCCCAGUGUGUCGGCGCUCUCGUCGGCCUCUCUAUACUCGAGUUGAAUCUGAAGACCUCGGAGUCGAUCCGACGCGGCGUUCAGAUGCUGUCCAAAGCGUACACCAUAGACCCGACGCACCCCAUGGUUCUCAACCAUCUGGCGAACCACUUCUUCUUCAAGAAGGACUACCAGAAGGUCCAACACCUGGCGCUACACGCCUUCCACAACACGGAGAAUGAGUCAAUGAGAGCCGAGAGUUGUUACCAAAUGGCCAGAAGUUUUCACAUUCAGGAGGACUUCGAUCAGGCCUUCCAGUACUACUAUCAGGCGACCCAAUUCGCGUCGGCGUCGUUCGUUUUGCCGCACUUUGGUUUGGGACAGAUGUAUAUCCAUAGGGGAGACGUCGACAACGCCGCCCAAUGUUUCGAGAAAGUGCUUAAAUCUAAUCCCAAUAACUACGAGACUAUGAAGAUCUUGGGCUCUCUGUACGCGCAGUCACCCAAUCAGGCGAAGAGGGAUAACGCCAAACAGUUCCUGAAGAAAGUGACGGAACAACAUCCCGAUGAUGUCGAGGCCUGGAUUGAAUUGGCACAGAUCCUCGAACAGUCUGACCUCCAGGGCGCUCUCAAUGGCUACGGAACCGCUAUUAAGAUAUUCCGAGAGAUCUCGAGGAAUGCGACAAACGUUGAGAUUCCGGCCGAGAUCUACAACAACGUGGCGGCCCUUCACUUCCGGUUGGGUAAUGUGAAGGAAGCCAUGAAUAACUACUCGCUGGCUAUGAGACGCUGUAAUGAGGAGAUGGAGCACGAGGUGGAGGAGCACUACUUUAAGUCCAUUUCCGUCACUAUUAACUACAAUUUGGCGCGUCUUCACGAAGCGAACCACGACUACAACAAAGCCGAGAAUAUCUACAAAAGCAUUCUUCGAGAGCAUCCCAAUUACGUGGACUGUUAUCUCCGACUGGGCUGUAUGUCCAGGGAUUUGGGACAGAUCUAUGAGGCCAGCGAUUGGUUCAAAGAGGCGCUUCAGGUAGAGAAGGAUCAUCCGGACGCGUGGUCUCUCAUAGGGAACCUACACAUAGCGAAGCAGGAGUGGGGUCCCGGACAGAAAAAGUUUGAACGCAUUCUGGCACAGGAGGCCACCUCUCAGGACACCUACUCUAUCGUGGCGUUGGGCAACGUAUGGCUCCAGACAUUACAUCAGCCCUCGAAGGAUAAGGACAAAGAGAAACGACAUCAGGAGAGAGCCAUUCAGAUGUACAGACAAGUGCUUAAGAUUGAUCCCAAGAAUAUAUGGGCCGCCAAUGGAAUCGGCGCUGUUUUGGCUCAUAAGGGCUACAUAAGUGAGGCCAGGGAUGUGUUCUCACAGGUGCGUGAGUCGACUGCGGACUUUGCGGACGUCUGGAUAAAUAUCGCUCACAUUUAUGUGGAACUCAAGCAAUACGUGAAUGCAAUCCAAAUGUAUGAGAACUGUUUGCGACGAUUCUAUUCGCACACAAACACCGAUAUAUUGCUAUACAUGUCGCGGGCGUACUUCAAAUGGGGAAAACUCAGACAAUGCAAGAGUGUGUUACUGAAGGCCCGACGGGUCAACCCUCAGGACAGUGUCCUGCUCUACAACCUGGCGCUCGUACUCCAGAAACUGGCCGCCAGUGUGUUGGAGGACACGAAGAGCUCACUGCGGACUGUGUUGUCGGCCGUUCACGAGUUAGGUUUGGCUCAGAAGUACUUCGCGUUUCUUAAGAAAAAUGGCGAUAAAAUGAAAUUUGAUCUACAAUUGGCUGAAAUCGAAGAGAGACAGUGCGCCGACCUAUUGGCACAGGCUCAGUAUCAUGUGGUGAGAGCGCGGCGUAUGGAUGAAGAGGAGCAGGAGAUCCGUCGCAAACAGGAGGAGGAGAGGGAGGCGUUGCGGCAGAAGAUGUUAUCCGUGCAGAAGCUGAAAGAGGAGGAACGGGUNAUCUCCUCAUUACAGCGUCUCAUAGCCAGCGAGUAG